AUGAACUCUCGGUUCGCCAACUGGACUAUCACUACGCGGUUGAUAACAGAGCAGACCGAGGUUAAUCGGCCGGUAAUCUGGAUUGGCCAUGAUAUCGGCGGUACCAUUGUUAAGCAGGCUCUUAUGGAGGCAGCUCAACCUCUAAUAUUGGAUGACUAUACGGACAUUCCAACCUGGGAGUCAACCAAAGAGAUUCAUCAUGCAAUUGCAACCCUCUCUACCACUAUCAUAUGCCUUGGUUGCCCGCACAAAUCGGAGUCUAUGGAAAUCCUCGAGGACGAAGUACUCAAUCUUAUGACCUUACCUGGGCCCGAAAUCCCGAACGACAGACUUGGUAAGAUCAAGAACAUCGCCCGCCAGAUUGAAGACAUCAAUAUACACUACCUCAAGUCCAGACUGUUCCACCGUCUAACAACUUUCAACGUUUUCCACUUGAUGGACAUCCCCGAGGCGAUGACGACAAAAAUGACUUGA